AUGGCGCGGCCAGUUUUCGUUGGAAACUUUGAACACGAGACAAGGCAAUCGGACUUGGAGCGCUUGUUCGGCAAGUACGGACGGGUGGAGCGAGUUGACAUGAAAUCCGGGUUUGCUUUUGUUUAUUUUGAGGAUGACCGUGAUGCUGCAGAUGCUAUACGUGGACUUGAUAAUAUACCUUUCGGAUAUGACAGGCGCAGGCUUUCAGUGGAGUGGGCUAGGGGUGAACGUGGUCGGAACCGAGAUGGGCCAAGGUCGACAGCGAACCAGAGGCCAACGAAAACCCUGUUUGUUAUUAAUUUUGAUCCAAUUUACACAAGGGUUGAGGACAUAAAAAGACACUUUGACCGUUAUGGAGAGGUGCUGCAUGUCAGAAUUCGACGGAACUUUGCAUUUGUGCAAUUUGAGACACAAGAAGAUGCUACCAAAGCUCUUGAGUGCACGCACAUGACCAAGAUAUUGGACAGGGUAGUUUCUGUUGAGUAUGCUUUGAGGGAUGAUAGUGAGCGGGGUGACAGAUAUGAUAGUCCUAGAAGAGGAAGUUAUUAUGGGAGGUCACCGAGUCCAGUUUAUCGCAGGCGACCAAGUCCUGAUUAUGGUCGAGCUCGCAGCCCUGUUUAUGAUAAGUACAGUGGUUCAAUGCAUGACAGGCACCGGAGUCCUGAUUAUGGAAAUGGUGCAAUUAUUUGUUUUUUGAAGUUCUUGGAGCUCAUUUUCUCUUCUCUUCCAGAGGAGCACACUCAUGUUGCACUGUCUGUUGUUUUCUUAUGUUUGUUAACAGUCGUUCACCAGUACGAAGGUCAAGAACAUGAGGAGUCGUGGGAAACGUUCUGCUUGGCUUUAUGUGCCAUUUACUGUGUAAUUGCAAUAGCUGUAGACCUGCUGUGUAGAAAAUUUCAUUUUGGCAUAGUAUUAGUGAUAUGGUCGAAUUUGGUUGUCAUUGGCCUCAUAGUAGACAUAGAACCUCUCGUUUGUUUUAAUCUGAUGGAAAUCAAGGUUCUAGCAGCAUCUUAA